AGAACGGGCAUCUGCGGCCCGUGGGGCAGUCUGCCCCGAGUGGUCCUCUGGCGCCCUUCUCUCGCCGUCGGGGUGAGGUGCCUCCCUGAUCCCCACCCACCUCACACGGGCCCCAGGUGUGCCCAGGUACUUGGGAGAAUGGACAAAGUCUGUGAGAUGAAAUACAAAAUGAUGUACAGCCCUCUGGGGAAGAUCGAGAUCUCUGGUUGUGAGCAGGGCCUGCAUGGGAUUAAGCUGCACGGCAGGAAGAGCCCCGACACUGACCCCGUGGAGGCCCCUGCUCCUCCUGAGCCUCUCGGUAGUCCAGAGGACAUGGCGGAGCCCCUGAUGCAGUGCACAGCCUGGCUGGAUGCCUACUUCCACAAGCCUGCGGUCCUCAAAGAACUCCCCUUGCCUGCUCUUCACCAUCCCAUUUUCCAGCAAGAUUCAUUCACCAGACAGGUGUUAUGGAAGCUGCUGAAGGUUGUGAAAUUCGGAGAAGUGGUUUCUUACCAACAGUUAGCAGCCCUAGCAGGCAACCCCAAAGCUGCGCGGGCAGUGGGAGGAGCAAUGAGAAGCAAUCCUGUGCCCAGAGUCCAGCAGGGAGCAAAACAGACCAAGAGCUCCACCCGCGUGGAGCUUACAUUCUGCAAAGAUGCACGUGCCGGCCUCCAAACCCAUCUCCCCGGGCUGUGCUCUGUUACCAGGUCCACCCCUCCUGGGGCUGACCAGCAGCUGGGGUUGAAAUCUGACAGGAUUUCGGUAUUGAUGAGGCCGCGAGUGAAAACAAGCGCCUUCCCUUGUGGGCUGCUACCCCCAAGAACAAAGGCGAAGGUGGAGAAAAUAUGCAGCCAGCACCAGAAUCAGAGGGAUUCCGUUAUUGAUUGAAAGGCCCCUUCAUGUUGUUUUUGUUGGAGACAAAUCUAUGGGUUUGGAAGUUUUAUAGCAUUUGAGAAAGGGUCUGGGUAAGUGAUGGAUUCAUGUAUUGGAUGAAUUAGAUUUCACAGCAUGAAGAUUUCAAUGCAGCUGUGAUAUUAUGAGCUGCUUGGUUAUUGAUAAAAAUUACGUUUUAUGCAGCACAGGCUUUAAAAGAGAGGGCAUAGAGGGUACGGAUCCUUUGAAAUGUCCAUAGGGCCCUAAUAAAUUUUAGCAGCUUUCAUUAUUUUAAUAGUCUGAAACCUACCACCAAAACUAACACAAACAGAAGCAGUGUUUCACAUUUCUGGAGUAAAAGUAGUGCAUAUUUGGUAAGGCACCUGUCGUCCAUCCCUGCAUACACAAGAUGAGGACGAGGCAUAGCUACCAUUACAAUUGCUAUUGCAUGCCUGCACUGCUCUUAUCUGCAUCACAUAUAGAAAGAGAGAAAGAGGGUUCAUAUUAUGUACUUUUGUAAUUUCACAGCUUGUUGGGAGGGAGAGAGGGAAGAGAAUCAUAGCUCACUUGUGAAGUCUGCUGUUAGGAAGGAAGAUUGAACUGGGGCCUAAAUGUUUGUAAAACUGAAUUGAAUUAAAUGUCUCCCUCUUUAUCAGUCAAAAACUUGAAUUGUGUGUUAUCUAAUCAUGUCCUCAUGGCAGUUAUUAACAUGAUUAUUGUAUUUUAUAAAAACCCUCAAUCGGAGUAAAUGUUCUAUUCUUAAAAUUUUCUGUUACUCCUUUCAAGAGGAUGGGAAUUUCAUGCUGCUUGCGGGACUUGGCAGUUUAUUGCUUUUCACUCUGUUAAACUACACGGAAAAGAAAGCCAGCUCUUUCCUCACACUGCUGGUCAUUGCUGGAACGAAGGCCCUGAGACUACACACGUUACCACGGCAACCCAAACUUCUGGUCAAAAUCGGGGCCAGUGUGUCAUGGGGGAAGUCAAGUUCCUACCUCCCCAAGCCAAGCUAUCUGCCAGGGCUGGCCAGCACCCCCAGGCCCGCCCAGCAGUCUUCAUCGGGGGCAGGUCGAGGAGCGGCCAGGAGUGUGGGGUGUGGGUUCUGCUUCCUCUGGGCUAGAAUCCCUUCUUUGCCUCUAAAUAGCCGUGUGAACUUAGGCAAGAGACCUAAUGCCACCGAAGUUGAUAGUGCCUGGCCUAGGGCUUGUUGGAGGAUAUGAGGUCAUGAUGUGUCGGGCACAGAGCACGCUCUCCCCGGUGGGGGGACUGACCACCACAUCCAGGACGGGACUGGGGAUCGUGCCCAUCUGCCCAGGGGCAGGCACAGCUCAGGGCCCACAGAGGGAGCAUUGCUGGCAGUGGGUUUGAGCUGCAAGCCGAGAUGGACGAGUGCCCAGAGGGUGCCUGGAUACCGUGGGGGAGAUCCAGGUGCGUGUGCACAGCCACUUCCUCUAGAAACUCACUGGACCCGUGGCUGGUCACUCUGUCCAGUGGUCUCUUUGCAGGUGGAGGAUGGGGGUUGGGGUGCAGGUCUUCUCUGUUGAGCUGUAGGCUGAGUGGAGGUGGACGGGACUUGGAACAAUACACCAUGUAGUCUGAGAAAUCUUCACCCUUCGAGGACCAGCGGGAACACUGGAGCAGGGCAGCCGUAUAUGAGUGCUCUGAGAGGGGCACAGGGGAGCAGAGAGGGCAGGCGCGGAGCUGCAGGAUGCAGGCGGCAUGGAGGUGGGCACGGAGAGGUCCUGGAUGCCUCCCGUGCACCUUCCACAUGUGGGGUCUGCGAAGGAUCUGCCUGUAUUCCCGGCCCCCGUCUCCAGAACCUGCCCCGGUUCCUGUAGUUGUGGUUGCUGGCGAUUACAUUCUUUGUGGAAGCGGUCGCUGGGAUGUUUUGCACAAUGAUGACACCUGUCACCUCAGCCUGUCCUGGGCCUUCAAUGACUGACCACCCCGCCUCUUCCCCCAAGUCAAGAUGGAGCAACUUAGGGAUGAAGGCUGUUUUCCCCGGGACUCGCGGGCGACCCUUCCUCAGGAGAAGUUUGAACUCUGCGGAUACCCCACCCACAUUCCCUCCUGGGAAGACCCUCCCGAGGGCGGCUCUCCUCGGGUUCUGAGUAGCUGCUUGUUGGGAUCUUUAAGCAAAAUGACCAUUGAUCCCUCAGAGGCCCUGCUGUGGGAACAUGGGAGACAUCCCUGGUGCUUCGUGGCCCCCAGGCGUGUGGCUAUCCCUGGCAUACUGGUGUGCUCUGAGCUGUGUCCACUGGCUGCCGGAGAGAGAGGUCAACAAGCUGAGACACUCCUGUCCACUGUGGUUUUAAGAGGCCAUAAAUUACAUCCGUUUCUUUUCCUCCCAUAUUCUGAGCCAGCUGAGAAAUGGAUCAAGGACAUCAAAAUAUUAGCUUUUUAGGAUAAAAGCCAGACUAGAGAGGUGGCAUGGCCAUGGCAGGCUUCCCAGGAAUUCCCACUGGAAUUGGACCCCGUAUCCUGUCACCAGUCCCAGCAGGGUGGGUGCUGACCGUAUCUCAAAAGCCAUCAGGCUGCCCUAUGCCGUGGGACAGGCAGGUCCCCUUGCAGGACCCUGCAUGAUGCUGAGCUAGGCAUUCUCAUCCUUUCCUUCCAGGAUGGCUGGUCAGUGAGUCUUCCUCCCCUCAGGGCCGAGGGUAGAGGGUGGGAUGGACAAGGCCAGGAGUGUCUCUGCUUCCAGUCAACGUCCCUCCCCGUGGAAACCAGAGGUAAGGGCCACUGUGCCCACCUCUGCAUGUGGCUGUCAGAGCCCUAGCCGGACAGUGGACUUCCUGUGCUGGGAGCAGACACUGAGCAGGCCUCCCAGGAGGCAUCCCUGGAGCUCCUGUCUACAUAGCAGGGCCAGCAGCAAGAGGACCGAGGCGUUCCCCUGGGGACUACUGCUGAGAAUGCGCCUGCCCCACUUCUGGAGAAAGCAGGAGUCCCCUCCCUUGGUGGGAUUGGCUGCAAAGAGCAGGUGGCUAGGCGGGAUUGUAGGCCUGUGUGUGGCUGUGGGAGUAACGGCCAGCCACCUGACGGUGACCCUCGCUCGGGUGAGCACCUGUGAGCGGCCCAUCUUAGAAGUGGACUAUCAGACAUGCACACAUCUGCAUUGCACCAGCUCCAGGCAAGGCAAGAACGUGCUGGGGGAGGGCCCUGUGCUUGGGAUGUUAGUGUCCAGGAGGGCGCCCCGCCUCUCUGUUCCUGUGCCCUCCUUCUCCAAGGCUGAGGGCCAGCCCUGCCCCUCCUCCGGGACUAGGACGGCAGCAUUUUGAGCUGCAGGUGAGUUCGGCUGGGAGGGUUUGGCGAUGGCCCUGGGUGGACAGAGCCCAGCUACGCCUGUGCUUCCUGGUACUUCUCGGUGCAGAUGGGUACCCAGACAGCCAUCACUGCCCGGGGUCCAGAGUGGAGCCCUUUGACAGUCAACUUGUCUUCCUAGGAUUGUGUUUGGUUUGUUUUCGUUAUAAAGUGGCCUCACUUUUAGUGAAGUCGCUCUGUUGAUUAAAGCACGCACCUAACUACUCGGAUUGUCUCCAGAGGUGAAAGGCUGUUUGGGGAGGGCGGGGGAUGCAACAAACUGUCUGAGGAGAGGCUCCUGGUGCACUGUGGGAAAAAUGAGGGUAACAUGGCCCCGGGCCUGGGAGUCCUGGCUAGGGUCAGUGGAAGAGUUGGCCGGCAGGCGCAGCCCAGGUAUCCGGGGAUGGGGACAGCUGGGAGCUGGAGCUUCUCAGACUUUCUGAGUGUCCGGAGACUGAGGAGGGAAACAGGUAUCUCCAAGGUGCGAGUGUAGUGUAAAGCAAGGGCCACAACUUUCCUAUAUGGGGCCGGGUAGUAAACGUUUUAGGCUUUUGCAAAAGCAGCCACAGACAGUGUGUACCAAAUGGGCAUGGCCGUUCCAAUAAACCCUUAUUUACACAAAAAGGUGUGGACUGCAGGGCCCACAGCCACCCUCUGCCAGCCCCUGGGUAAAGUGGCCUGCACUAGUACAGUCUCCCCUGUUAUUUCUCGGAAAUGUUUGAGAAUUUUACAUACCACCCCAUAACUUGGAAAUGUCAUUUUAAAUGUAAGUGUACAUUAUAAAUUAUUUACCAAACAAUGUUCUCCUCCCAAUUCUUGGCAUAAAGGGGUUCGAUGGAAGAUGCCCCACAUUCACCUCAGGGCAUUGUGUCUCGUCCCCGUCCCCUCACCACCACCGCCUCGGCCAUGCUGAGACCCUCAGAGACCCAGGGGUGAGUGGUGCUGAGAGACAGCUGACUCGGGGCCUGCACCCAGCCCAUCUCUUGCCCACAACCUGCCCCUGGCCCCGUGUGGUAGGCCUGGAUCAGUUAUAGUCAGGGGCCUAGUUCUUGACCCCCAAGGCUUCACCGUCCUGGAGCCCAGACUGACGGUGGC